GUUAUUUCACGACCGCAAGAGGAAUAUAAUAUAACCAACAUACAUGUCGCAGAGUCCGAUUAUCAUAUUCAUGGAUCAGUAGGGACAAAAAGACAGCACUGUAUCGACGAUAUUCUCAAUGAUAAUGCAAAUGAGAUCGAAAGAGUUUCUAAGAAAGCUCGCACGCAAGAUUAUCAUGAUGACGAUCUCUUAGAAGUUUCUGCGAACAAUUGCGACGAUAAGAAUCACUUCAACGUUAAUGAAAAUAUAGAUUAUUUUUCUAGAAGCCAAGGAAUCGAUAGGAAGGGCCAUAUAUCACAAGACGAUAAUGAUAAACCAUUAGAACGAGAAACUGCUGACGAUAAUCAGCAUAAUCACUCAAUAAACAAUAAUUUUGGUAAGAGUAUAAAUCCAAUUUCAACGUAUAGUAUUAUUGAUAAAGGCGAAGAAAAUUCUUUGGAAAACAAAAAUGAGGAUCAUAUGACUGAAAUCCAAAGGUCAAGGAUGCCGUUUGAUCCCGUACGAGAUGCCCAAAAUGUUGAUAUGAACCAAGAUGUUACAUAUUCAUAUAUGACUUCUAAUACGGUGCCAGAUGAUGAAAAUACUUACAAUCAGCAAUCAUUAUAUUCUAGACCGGUUGAAACAUUAGAAGUCAAUAAUAAUGCAGAAACUUUGGUUAACGAAGCAAUACAAUCAGAAGAGUGUCACAUUGAACAAAUUGCAGGUUCUCAUCUUAACCUUCUCAUGCAAGCAGUGGGUCUUUUAGAAGCAGGGGUAUCUUCAUUACCUGAAGAUUUGUAG